AUGGCCCCCUCAAAGAAGAUAACAAGAAGCAGAAAUGGUUGUCAUCCUUGCAAAAAGUUGAAAAUUAAAUGUGAUGAAGGGAAACCAAGUUGUGGUUAUUGUACCAAGAAAAAUCGCAAAUGUGAUUAUAGUUUAGUCUUGAAUUGGGGUGGAAGAUCAAAGGGUUCCACCAAAGCAAAUGAUAUAAGCACCCCUAUUCCUUCGAGCAGUCGAACAGAGGAACAUUCGUCAAUACAGAUAGAUAUGAAGCCUGAAGUUAUUCAAAAGCUGCCAGAAAUAAUUACCAAAUUAAAAAAUGACUCAAAAAGGCGACAGAAAAUGGAAAUCGUCUUCAACUUGGCCAAACCAAACGGCAAAAGUCUGGUGAAAGAGAAGAGCAGCUAUCAUGAACCUCGCAUUCAAGAAAUAAAUGUUACUAGAGAAUAUCAACGGGAUAUGCACUUAGGACCAGAGGAACAUUCCACGACUUACUCCACCAAAUCUUACAACUCAGACCACACGCUCACAACCCUACACGAAAAUAAAGACAUUCAUGUAUCUCAUACCAAUAAGCGCUCGAGGUCUGAUAAUGGAUAUAAAUCAACGAAAAAACAAAGACACGAUUAUCUUCAGUUACAUGAACUUAUAGAAUCCCAAAUAGAUCCAUUUCCUGUUUCACAUACAAGUCAUUUGUUUGAGAGUACAGCACUUACUCCGGUGGCCUCCCAAUUGAAUAAUAAUGAUAUUGCAAAUGAUAUGGAAAUCAUGUCGGAAAUAGGAAGCCACCAUGAUACCGUGUCGUCCAUAUUAAUGUCCCCAGCCCCUCUGGGAAUGGAAGAGUUAUUUGAUGCUCUUGACGAGUUUGCAUAUAAUGGUGUGCCUUUCCAAUUUGACUCACUAGCUGAUCUGACAUUCUUAUCAAAUCCCAGAGUAAACCAUUCAGAGACAGUAUCUCAAGUCAGUCAUCAAGUGAAUUCUGGAUUUAUUCAAAAGGUUGAUAACUUUCUUGUUGACUAUAAAAAUGAUAUUGAAAAGCUUGAAAAAUAUCUACCGAAAGUACAAACCAAUUACAACUGGAUAAAUAAAAAAUUAAUUCGUGGAGGAAGUAGUAGUUCAAGUGAAAGUUCGAGUGAAAACUCGUCACUGAUGGAUCCUUUCGAAACUUUCAUAAUCCCGAGAAAUCUUGAGCCAUUACCCACCUUGUUACUUGAAGUUCCUUUUUAUAAGAAUUUGUUACAUUUUUGGGUCAAUGUGUCUUCUAAGCAAUUAGUUCCUGCUCCUCAUUAUGAAGACAAUCCUUUCACGAUAUUGCUUACACAAAUGGCAAUGGAAUAUCCUUCAAUUUUGACUGUCCUUUUGGCAUUUUCUGCAAAGGCAAGAUCGGGUUUGCUUGAUUCUAAUGAUAUGCCCGAUUCUGUUAUUGACCAAUUGUUAGCCAGGUCAUGUUCUGAACUUUUAAUAAUGUUGAGAAAUAGACGUAGUGCCACUUCAGAUGCUGCCUUGGCUACCUCAAUGUUUCUCUCAUGUUUUGAAUUAAUGAAUUCCACUCAUGAUUUCCAAAAACAUCGUGCUCAUACCAUUGGAGCAAGACAAAUAAUCAAAGCAAGAGCAUCUCUUUCAAAGAGACCAGCAUCUGUCACAGAGCAAGAUAUUGCAAAUUUUUUGGUUCGGUGGUUUGUGUAUGUUGAUUUAAUAGGUGGAUUAUCUGCUUCGAAACCUCAAAAUUAUGUUUUAGUCUCGGAUAAUGAACAAGGAUCCUAUGAGCCUCUCGAAAUACUUAAUAUGAUGAAUAAUGAGGAACGUUCAAAUACCCUUGAGGAAGAUCCUGGAAAGGAUAUUGAUCAUUUAAUGGGAUUUGAUACUAAGUUCUUGCCUCAGUUUAUGAAAACAGUUAUGUUAAUUAGAAAAGUUGAUAAUUAUUUAUUAGCCUCCGGGGAUAGCAAUCCAGCAAUUCCAUUGGAUAUAAUACAAGAAGCACUUGAAGUAAAAGAAACAAUGCUUCAAAUCUAUCAUCAAGAUGAGGAACAAAUAGAAAAAGCACGAUUAAUGUUUAUGCAAGAAAAAUCCCAAUUGAAAGAUCAAAUGGUUGAAAACUCUUCACCUCCUUAUAUUGCCAGUAGAAUUCAAGAAAAUGAGAUUCUUGGAUAUACUAACAAAGUAUUCUGUGAUACUGGUAUAAUUCAAUUAUAUCGAAGAGUAUUGAAAAUUCCUCGAAGUUCUCCAAUUAUUCAAAGAUUAGCUACUGGAAUGGCUACCAUAAUGAGAGAUCAUAUAGAAUCAAGGUCACCAACUGAGAUUUGUUGUAUUUUUUGCUUUUUCACUGCAGGAUGUGAAAUAUUAGAUCCAGAAAUGCAACAAUUUUUUCAUAUGAGAUUUACUCGAUUAAUUAAAAUGGGAAAUUCAAAUGCAAAGAAAGGUUUACAAGUUAUGAAGAGAUGUUGGGAAACUAAUGAAGAUUGGUUGACCGCUGCUGAUAAUUUAAAUAUAGACAUUAUUCUUUUGUAG